GGUUCAUGGCGGUCGGAUAAGAUUUGAAAAUUGGAAAUCUGAAUGUGUUUUAAAAAUGUAGGUUACCUUCCUUGUUUUAAAGUAAAAACAGAAUAAAUUUAAUUCACAUCAAUGUUGAAGCAAAUUCAGAUGGGACUUCGUGCGUUUUUGUUGUUGGCAUCGAAGAUUUGGAAUUUUAUUUGCUAUGUUUUGCGAAAGCAAAUAAGAACGAUAAUUCAGCAUCAGACAGUGAGAUACGAUGUCAUACCCUUUUCACCAUUAUCCAGACAUAGACUGAAUCUAGUGAAGAGAAAAAUCAUGGUUUUAGAUUUGGAUGAGACAUUAAUACAUUCUCAACACGAUGGAGUGAUAAGAAAUAUGGUCAAGCCAGGGACUCCACCUGAUUUUGUUUUAAAGGUCACAAUUGAUAGACAUCCUGUCCGGUUCUUUGUACACAAGAGACCACAUGUUGAUUAUUUUCUUGAUAUUGUCAGCCAGUGGUAUGAGCUGGUAGUUUUCACGGCCAGCAUGGAAAUCUAUGGAGCAGCAGUAGCAGACAAGCUAGAUAACAACAGAGGAAUUUUAAGAAAAAGAUACUAUAGACAACAUUGUACUGUGGAAUAUGGUAGCUACACCAAAGAGUUGUUAGCCAUAACUGAAGAUUUAGCCAGUAUUUUUAUUUUAGAUAAUUCUCCUGGAGCAUACAGGGCUUAUCCAGAUAACGCCAUCCCAAUAAGGUCCUGGUUUUCUGACCCUACAGAUAUAGCUCUGCUGAACCUAUUACCUGUCCUUGAUGCUUUGAGGUUUACCAGUGAUGUUCGAUCAGUUUUAAGUCGAAACUUACAUCUACACCACAUGUGGUAGUCCUCGUCAAUCCAGUUCUUAAAACAAAAGCUGAAAACACAGAAGAGAAGAGCAAGGCUUUGUCGUGGAUCUUUGUGCACAAAAUGACUAUCCAUCCCGGUCAAAUUUAGUAUAUUAAAGGCAAUGAAAGUUUCCAUGUGUUAUUUGUAAUUACGAAACAGGAGGUAGGCUGGAUCUCCUCUGAUACAUCAAGACAAGUUUUAUUUUGAUUUUCCCAUGGAAGAAAACAUUUAAUGAUGCUGAUAAGUGAAGAUGAAAGGAAAAUUAAGUUAAAAAGUUUCACCUGAUUUAAGAUGGUCCUCUGACAAGAACUUACAAAUCUGAACCUUUAGUUCUUACAAAUGAUGGGGAUGAGCAGUGGACAGAAACAAACACAAAAGUGCAGUUAAGACUUAAUGAACACUUAAUCACAUUAAUGUUGAGAUGCAUGUUUUAUUAGUGACAAAACAAGUCUCAUCCAAUGAAUUUAAAAAAAAACUGGUAAUAGAGAUUGUGGUAAUGAAAUAAAACGAAAAUAGUUGGAAAAUAUAGUUAUCAAGUUGAAACAGGAGUUCAAAGGGAAAUUCGAUCCCAGAGUCAUAAUCACUAUCAUACUUCGUGCAUUGUAUAUAAUAUUAUAGGAUUAAAUGAGAGGAAGACUUGGACCACAAUUGACUACCCUCCAUCAUGAUUUAGAAACCUUUUAAUACUACCAAGUGUACAGCUCUCUCAGGCGACUGUACAAAAGUAGCAGUCGUUUUAGUUUGUAUAUAAUGUACGUUUUUUAGCAAUACAAGGACAAAACAUGGUAUUCUUGUACCAUUUGUGGUCUAUAUUUACAGUUUUUAUUCUCUGUUGGAUUGUUACGCUAGCUAAAGUUAUCAUGUGAUGUUUAGGUCUUUAUGUAUUUUGUUUAAUCUACAGUCAUAAAGUAAUAAGCUGAGGCUUUAAAAUAAGAAAAUGGAAACUUCUGUUGGAGUAAUGAUGAAUAACGUGUUCAAGAAGUCAAGAAAUCUUACUAAAUCUUAAAAAUAUAAUUUUUGUGUGUGGUUGAAAUGUUCUAAGUUAGACUAAAGGUUUAUAAGAAUAUUAGUAUAAAAGAGUGAUAGACAUAGACUUUUGUUUUAUCUUACUUGUGUUAAUAUUGAACUUUAUCAAACCAUUCACUGUUGUUUUAUCCUACUUGUGUUAAUAUUGAACUUUAUCAAACCAUUCACUGUUGUUUUAUCCUACUUGUGUUAACAUUGAACUUUAUCAAACCAUUCGGAAAUGGAAAAACAUUUACUUAUUGUCUAUUUUUCUUAGCUACUCUGUAAUCAGUCUUGGAUUUCUUUUCUUUGUAUAUGUAUCACAUAAAGACUGUAGUUUAAAACAUCUAUUGCUCUGCUA